AUGGCCGCCGAAGCGGAGCGUCUAUUGGCCGCGGUUCGACCAAUGAAGAACGCGAGUCCGUGGAAAUUAAAAAACCAGGCAAAACCAUCAUUUAUUACAACCAAGCCAACCAAUCCGAUUUCUUCUCCCGCAGGCAAAACCAGGACCAAGGACAAAUACCGCGUAGUCUACACAGACCACCAGAGGAUGGAACUCGAAAAAGAAUUCCAAUACACCAGAUACAUCAGCAUCAGGAGAAAAACAGAAAUAGCAGCAGUUCUGGCCCUCAGCGAACGCCAGGUCAAAAUCUGGUUCCAAAACCGAAGGGCCAAGGAGCGGAAGGUCAAGAAACGAGAAGUCAAUACUACCUCUGCACCAGGAAUGACUGCUAAUAAUAAUAGGAUUUUGGGGUUGGAGUCUGGUCAUGUUCAUCAUCAAUAUUUGCAGCAAUUGCAUCAUGGUAAUGGAGGUUUUGGGAUGAACCAUUAUUUUCCGACGCAGAUCAGUCCGGUGGGGAGUUCUCCACUUGGCCUGACUGGUGCGAGUCAGACUCCUGGAGGAAAUGGUAAUACUGGUGGUAAUGUUGAAGGGAAUGUUGAGAGGGAUGUUGGCGGUGGUGGAGGAAAUUUGAAGACGGAACAGAUGAUGGAAUAA